AUGGAUUACUCCAAGAGCCGUUAUUCCUUCCAAAACACAUCGUCGAUCCGGUCUUCGCCAUGGUCUGUCUCCCAAUCACGGCGACUGGCAUAUGAAAUAGGCACCAAGGCCAGGUCAAAGAUUCAGAAAGAAGCGGCCAAGACUGUCCCUCAGCUCCAUAGGCUCGUCUGCCAUGCGGCAGUGUAUGACAAUGCCACGAAAUUCAUCCUGGAUCACAUGCAUGACUACAGUCCCGAAAUCGAUCACUCUGAGUUGGCGACAAUCGAAGAAGUAGAAGACGUGGAAGAAGACGUUACUCUUUAUGACAUUGUCGACAUUGUGCCCGAGGAUGAACACGACCCCGAGCCAUCACAUGCGUCGCUGGAACUCCCUCACAAUGCCUCUUUCAAUGGCUACGCACAGCUCAAAUCACCCCGGCUCUGUGGUGUCGUGGUGACCACCACUCUGGUGGGCGCAAGAGACAGCCACUGGGAAGAAACAGAGAGCGACUCCAGCACCGAAUCCGACGAGGACUACGACUCUGACAACGAGUAUGACUACCAUGGCUAUGACGGCUACAUGGAGUCAGGCUACACAUACGGCCAGUAUGAGAGACGCUCAGACUUGCACUACGCACGCAGCUGCUCAAAACAGUUCGCCGACUCGACACCUACAUACAACCACAGCAACGAUGACCACCUGCUUUGGGCUCAGCAACCGAGAGUCUGGUCCCAGCAACAAGAGGCCCACCUGUUCGUGGAAGCCUUCGGCUGA